GUCGAACAGACCGAAGCAUAAAGAGCAGACGGUUUCAGAACUCUUCAUUUGGAGGUAAAUAUGGCGUCACUUUGUGGACAGAUUGCUCGUAACUGCCGGGGUCUGACCCGAACAGGGUUUGCACCACUACGUACAUAUGCAUCAUCAGCAGAAGCAGGGAAUUCUCAACCUGGAAUAGGAUUUGGACUGACUGAUGAACAGAAAGAGUAUCAAGACACAGCCAGAAAGUUUGCCAGAGAGGAAAUUGUCCCUGUUGCCCCACACCAUGAUAAAAGUGGAGAGUAUCCUUGGGACGUGAUAAAAAAAGCAUGGAAUCUUGGGCUCAUGAACGGACAUAUUCCAGAAAAGUAUGGUGGCCUUGGUUUGGGAAUCCUAGACACUUGUAUAAUAACCGAGGAGCUGGCAUAUGGAUGUACUGGUGUACAAACAGCCAUAGAGGCUAACUCUCUUGGGCAAAUGCCUGUGAUCCUUGCUGGUAAUGAGGCACAGCAGAAGAAAUACCUUGGUCGAAUGAUGGAAGAGCCUCUCAUGUGUGCCUACUGUGUAACAGAACCUGGCGCAGGAUCAGAUGUGGCUGGACUGAAGACAAAGGCGGUGAAGAAGGGGAACGAGUACGUCAUUAACGGCAGCAAAAUGUGGAUCACCAAUGGUGGAGUGGCUAACUGGUACUUCGUACUUGCCCGUACCGGAGAUUCCAGCAUGUCCACCGGAAAGGCCUUCACAGGGUUUAUAGUGGAUGCCAACACGCCAGGGAUCACCGUCGGCAGGAAGGAGUGGAACAUGGGACAGAGGGCUUCCGAUACUAGGGGAAUCACAUUUGAGGAUGUUGUAGUGCCAGCCGAGAAUGUGUUGACAGCUGAGGGAUUAGGUUUCAAGGUUGCUAUGGGAGCCUUCGACAAAACAAGACCUCCCGUUGCAGCAGGAGCUGUGGGUCUUGCCCAGAGGGCACUGGAUGAAGCAACAAAGUACUCAAUGGAAAGGAAAACCUUUGGAAAGCAAAUUUGUGAGCAUCAAGCUGUGGCAUUCCUGUUGGCCGACAUGGUGAUUGGUGUGGAGACCUCCAGACUUGCUACAUACCGUUCAGCAUGGGAGAUUGACCAGGGCAGGCGCAACACCUAUUUCGCCUCCAUAGCAAAGGCACUUGCUGGAGAUGUGGCCAACAAAGCUGCUGCUGAUGCUGUACAGAUUUUUGGUGGAAAUGGUUUCAAUUCGGACUAUCCUGUUGAGAAAUUAAUGAGAGAUGCCAAGAUCUAUCAGAUCUAUGAGGGAACUGCUCAGAUCCAGAGGGUGAUCAUUUCUAGAGAACAUCUGACGACAGCUAAGGAGACCAUGUGAAAAAAUUAUUUACACUGAGAACAUUAUAUUUUUGAAGUGAUUUGAUUGAAUGAAUGUAUUGGGUUGUAAUGUUGAUCAACAUGAAAUUUCAUUUUCAAAAGUCCAAGAACAAAGUGUAGAUUAAACCAAGAUCUUCACACAAUUAUCCUGUAGUACAAUUUUAACCAAACAGGCAAGAGUCAGCUUUGGAUAGCCAAGAGUCUUACCCUGAGGGUUGAUGUGUUUAACAUAACCUCAGGGUAUAAGAUUAAGGUACUGAACAGCGAUAUUUCUGGGACCAUGGACUCUUUUUAUUUUGAAAAAUACAUAUGGUCCUCUCAAAAAUGUUCUAGGAGCCAAUUUUGUUAUCAAAAUCUCUUAUAAGAACAGGGAAUUGAAAUAUUGAAAAAGUUUAAUAUGUUGAAAUGGUCUCUCAACAUUUUCUGCAGGUUUGUGUUGUCCUAGGCUCGGUUAUAACCGGCACACGGACAUUAAGCCCCAUCAAUCAAUCAAUAUGCAGGUUUAUCCCAGAGUGCAAAACAGAUGUAAGACUCCAAAGCUUAUUCUAUAUAGUUUUAUACCAAGGAUGUAUGUGAUACAGAGGGUAUAUGUGAUAGCAGAAGAAAACAAGUUCUAUGUGGUGAACUGUUAGCAAUAUUAUGCAGGGAGACUUUGUCCCACAUUUCUCGUGAUAGAAUUAAAUAAGAAACACAUGUACUCAGGGUUUUAAAUAAGAAACACAUGUACUCAGGGUUUUUUCAUUUAUAAUUUUUUGGGUGGUGUGGGUUGCAGAACACUGGAUCCCUGCCUACCCAUGAAUCAUGCUCAGGAUUUGUACAAUCAGUGUUGCCAAGAAAUGAAAUCAAAAGUUUACCUUUUCCUUAUUUUAUAGACUAGUAAAUUAUUUAUUUCUAUGAAUGAAAGAAAAAAAUACUUUGAAUAGCAAUUCCUAUACAAUGGACAAUAUAUAUUUAAUUGAUUUAUUAAUUUUACUAUGAUUUGCUCAAUUAAGAUUUCUGUAUUUUAGUAAGAAUAAAGAAAAUCUUGGAAAAGCUGUUACAGAUGGACUUGUGUUAUUUGAAAAUAUUAGUGUCAUAUUUAUACUCAUCUCUAACAUUAUCAUCAUUUAAAAGGUGAUAUAUCAGCAAUGUGAAAUAAAUACAAAAUUUCUU